AUGGAAAUACCUGUAAAGAAAAAAAGUUACUCACAGAAGUAUAGAAAAGAGUGGGAAGACAAUCCAGACUUCAAAGACUGAUCUAAACGAGAAUCUUACGGUGAUUCAGCAGUUGGAUACGGCCAAGUAAAACGAGAUGGAGACAUAUGUGUUGUUAAGGCUCGGAUUACACCUGAACAUAAUGUGCGACAAAAAUGUUAUGCUGUUAUUUGCACCUGCAAUGAAACAGAGGAAACUAUUAUCUCUGUUCAAUGUGAAGAUUGUGCUGCACAUUUAGGUGGAUGUAAGCAUGCUAUAGCUUUUUUAGCAUGGCUACAUCGGCGCAGUAAAGAUCCAUCAACAACAAGCAUCGAGUGUUAUUGGAAAAAGUCGAAAUUAUCAUCAAUUGGUACUAGCCAGAAGUUUAUUAAAGCCAAAAAAAUGUAUGAAAAACCUAAACAUGAGCUCGUGCCAACAUCUUUGAAUACCGAAAGUUUUCUCACCGUAGUUAAAAAUCAUUGCACUUUGGUUGGUGAUACAAAGAAUCAUUUGAUGAGGUUUUAUAGAGCGCCAAGCACUGUAGAAAAAUUGUCAAUGCACCAUCUUCAAUCUACAAGCAAAGCUACAAACCCUCCUGAUUUUAUAGAAUAUUGCAAACUAAUAAUGACUGUAGAUGCAUGCAAAGAAGCUGCAACAGCUACUUUGGAACAGAAUGACUGCCCAUUGUGGCACGAGUUGAGGUAUGGAAGGAUCACAGCUCCAAAAGCUUAUGAUGCUGCACAUUGUAAUACUUUUGAUGGAACGUUAACGGAGACCAUUUCGGGAGCAAGUAAAUUGAGGGACACGGAGGCUAUGAAAAGGGGUAGAUUGUUGGAAAGCCAGGUUUUAAAGGAAGUAGAAAAAAUUUGUAAAAUACAAAUAAAUAAAUGUGGAUUAAAGUUAAAUAGUGAAUAUCCUAUUAUGGGUGCUUCUCCAGAUGGUGAAAGUAGUGUGUAUAGUAUAGAAAUAAAAUGCCCAACAUCAGAAAAAGCAAUGGGACAAUAUGUCAGUUUAGGAAAUAGCGUGACUGCCAAAUACAUGGCACAAGUGCAACUGCAGAUGCAUUUUUCUAAUAAAGCAAAGGCACUAUUUUGUGUUGCUCAUCCAGAUUUUGAAAAAACAAAAAAAAAUCAAUCUUAGAAGUCAACUACGACCAGCAACUUUGUGAAAAUUUGUUAGAAAAAUGCAUCAUUUUUUGGAAUAAAGCCAUCUUUCCUAAACUAUGUUUAAAUAGAUAGAUUUUUUUUGUUUAUUGUAUUUGUUAAGUACUGAAUUUGUUUAUAUUUGAUUUCUGUCUAAUUAUUGUCACCUGUUUUCUUUAUGCUAUGAAAAUAAAACAAAUGUAAAUAUAUAUUCAUUUUUUUAUUAAAACAUCCUGCAUAUUUACCAAUCCACUUAAUUCCUAUCAUAGAUGAUGUAAUUACUACUAUUAUUACAUCAUCUAUGAUAGGAAUUAAGUUAUAGUCUACACAAGCAUGGGGAAGUAACAUAUGAAACUCUCUUAACCUAUUUAUUACCCGUUCAACAUGUAUUCUUAAUGCUGCUAUACGUUUUGAUUGUUUCACAUCAUUUUUAGUACUGGGGGUAGACUUUGAUACAGAAAGUGGUCGUAUAAGGGUACAUCUUUUAGCUUCUAGCAAACAUGAUAAGUCUUUAAAACCCCUGUCAGCCAUCACUGCUUUAUUAGGAGGUAAAACCUGUAAGUAACUACUAUCUUGUACUAUCAUAACAUCAGUAGCCCUACCACCAUAUCCAUCAGAGAUAAAAUUGAUCAAGCCAUCAGGUGUACAUGAAAUUAAAUACUUUAAGGUGUUACAUUUUUUAUACUGUGACCAAGUAAGUGAUUGGUGAACGGCAUUUGAUGGUUUUUCAAUCUGAAUUUCUAGGCAAUCAAUAAUGGACACGACAUUUGCAUACCUACACCUAAAAGAUAUGGGUAAAUUUUUGUAAAUAUCUGAUGAUGCUGGCCACACAAUCAAGUCCUAAAGUUUUGCUGCCAUAAGAGAAAUACUUCUAGAAAAAAUUCUACAAAUAGUACUUUGUGAACAUCCAAACUGUUGUGCCAAGAUGCUAAAGGACUCAUUUAAUUUAAUUUUCUUGAGGGUUAUUAAUAUGUGUUUACUAGGAAGCGGAAUAUUAUCACUUAAAAAAAUUAUUAAAUGAUAUGAUUGUUUAGGUAAUCCUAACAACAUAUUUGGCUCUUUUUCAAUAGCAGUUAGCAUGCUACUACACAUUACAUUUUUAAACUGUUUUUCGUCCUCUGAAUCAUUUUGCACUUCGCUUGACUCAGAUUGAUAACUUGGUUCAUAAUCAACAGAGGUCAAAGAAGAAAAAGAUGACAUAGAAAUAGUAUCCGCUGUGUUUUCAGUAAACAAUUUUCUUUUUAAAAGAGAUAGUUUAACAGUUGAAGUUCCUAUAUUUCGUGAUACAAGAGAAAAUGGUGACAAUGCUACAUUUUGUUUUUCAAUAGGUAUAUUCACAUUGAAACCUUUACUUCUAUAGUUCGGUUUAAUAUUCACUUGCACAGCUUUAUCACAAUGCUAUUUCUCCUCAAUAUGGGAAGUGACAAGCUCUACCUGAAAAUCAUCACAUCCAAUACGGGAAGGUCCUGGUUGAUCACAGACAUUUGUGUGGGAAGUACUUGGACUUGCUUCGUGAUCAAUUAUUUGUGAAGGUUCGCUAACAACACUACUUUUAAAAGCUAUCUCUGAUGAAAGGGCUUCAUUGACCAGUGUCAAUCUUUGCCUUUUACAGCCAAUGGGCGUUUUUCCAUUACCCGGCCCGGCACCGGCACCGACGCCGGCGCCGGCGCCGUGCCGUUGCCGGGGAAGCAAAAAUGUAUGAAAAUGUAUGGCUCGCUUUUUUACUUACCGGCGCCGUCGCCGUCGCCGGAGUAGCAAGCUUCCCACCGGUGCCGUCCCGGCAAAAUUGCAUGUGUAUUUAAAAUUGCAUAUGAAUUGUAGCCGUGUGAGUGUGUAAGUGCGCGGGGCGGGUAGGAGGGCGCGGAGCGGAGGGACUCGUAUUUGGUUUUUGGUUCGCUUACAGUGCGUACGCGUCAAGGUCAUGGCGUUCAAAUACGACAUCAUGACUCUUAUCGAGUUAGUGGGAGCCCGACCUUGUCUCUGGGACAAAACUAAUGAAGCAAGUAAAAAUAAAAUAUUACGAGAGAAAUGCU